GACCGGCUGGAACCCGUCGUUACCAUUAAGAAUAUUGAACGAGAGCUCAUCUGCCCAGCAUGCAAGGAGUUAUUUACCCAUCCACUUAUUCUCCCUUGUCAACAUAGUAUCUGCCACAAAUGUGUAAAAGAAAUUCUAUACUUAACAUUUGAAGAUUCGUUCAAUGAUGCUGCCUCAGAAACUUCCAAUCAUAGUAGCCCUCGCAGUAGAAUGAAUUCCCCUAGCUUGGAUAGAAUUGACAGGGUUAAUAGAUCAGGUUGGAAACGCAAUUCAUUGACUCCUAGGACAACUACCUUCCCUUGUCCAGGAUGCCGGCAUGAUGUAGAUCUAGGAGAACGUGGCAUCAGUGGCCUAUUUCGAAACGUCACCUUGGAAACUAUUGUAGAACGGUACAGGCAGGCAGCAAGGGCAGCCACAGCUAUUAUGUGUGAUCUCUGUAAACCUCCAGCACAAGAAUCCACAAAGAGCUGCAUGGAUUGUAGUGCAAGUUAUUGCAACGAAUGCUUCAAAAUACAUCAUCCCUGGGGAACUUUAAAAGCCCAACAUGAAUAUGUGGGACCAACCACCAAUUUCAGACCUAAAAUUUUGAUGUGUCCGGAACAUGAAAUGGAAAAAGUAAAUAUGUACUGUGAAAUAUGCAGAAGACCUGUUUGUCACCUUUGUAAAUUGGGUGGUACACAUGCAAACCAUCGAGUGACUACCAUGAGCAGUGCCUACAAAACACUCAAGGAGAAACUUUCACAGGAUAUACACUACCUCAUUAGUAAGGAGAGCCAUGUGAAAAACCAAAUUACAGAGCUUGGUCUUUUAGUGAAAGAAGCUGAGUGCAAUGGUGAAAGAGCAAAGGAGGAAGCUUCUAAUAGCUUCGAUAAGCUGUUUCGUGUUUUGGAGGACAGGAAAAACACUGCACUUAGAGCUAUUGAAACAUCAAAAAGUUUAAGAAUGGAGAAAUUGCAUUCUCAAAUAGAAGAGUAUCAUGGACUUCUAGAAAAUAACGGCCUAGUGGGAUAUGCGCAAGAAGUUCUCAAAGAAACAGACCCAUCCUGUUUUGUUCAAACAGCAAAGCAGCUUCAUGAUAGAAUUCAGAAAGCUACUGAAUCUUUGAAGAGUUUCAGGCCUGCAGCUCAAGCUUCUUUUGAAGACUUUGUUCUUGACAUAGAAAAGCAACAGGAAGCUCUUGAAAAUAUGUGUUUCCAUUCAAAUGGGAAUGAUAUACCAGAAUUCAGUGAGGAACGGAGCAAAAUGUAUAACAAAGCUUUGAUCUGUUGGGAUCAUCCACAGAAAAUAGGUUCAGCUGAUACUUACAUACUUGAAUAUCGCAGGCUUAAUAAAGAAGAAGCUAAUUCAGCAUGGCAAGAAAUCGAAGUCUGCAGUAAGAGUGAAAUAAUUUCUGACCUUGAAACAAACAGUAUCUAUGCCUUUAGGGUCAGAGGAUAUAAAGGAUCUAUCUGUAGCCCAUGGAGUAGAGAACUUAUCUUACAUACACCACCAGCUCCAGUUUUCAGUUUUCUUUUGGAUGACAAAUGUGGCUACAAUAGUGAACGUCUUCUGCUAAAUGCAAGAAGAAAUGUUGUGGAAAGCAGAGCUGGGUUUCCUCUGCUUUUGGAAGCCGAACGUAUCCAACAAGGCUGUUACACUGCCCUGGACUACAUUGUUGGAGACACUGGUGUUGUGAAAGGAAAGCAUUUCUGGGCUUUCCACGUGGAACCCUAUUCAUAUCUUGUGAAAGUAGGAGUUGCAUCUGAUGCUAAGAUCCAAGAAUGGUUCCACAAUUCCCGUGAAUUAAGUAGCCCCAGAUACGAACAAGACAGUGGUCAUGACAGUGGGAGUGAAGACAUCUUUGCUGAGUCCUUACAGCCUUUCACAUUAAUAACCAUAGGCAUGAAAAAAAUGUUUAUUCCUAAGGCAUCAUCUGCUUCAGCUGCUCCCAAAGAUUGUGUGAACAGAGUUCUUCCCAUGCCAUCAAACAUCGGAAUCUGCCUUGACUGUGACAAUGGCAACAUUGGAUUCUACGAUGCAGAUCGGAUGAAGUGUCUUUAUGAACGCCCAGUGGAAUGCUCUGGUAAAAUGUAUCCAGCUUUUGCAUUAAUGGGGAGCUCAGGAAUUCAUCUAGAAGAAACGAUUGCAGCAAAAUACCUGCAGUAUCAGGAUGAAGACAUUUAAUACCCAAGGACCCACCUUUAGCUUUGUGUCUUAAUUACAUCAUAACUCCAAGUCCAUCUGCUGCACCCCCUGCUUUCGAGU